AAAUAAAGUCUAUGAUGAGAUGAGAUUAAUAUAUGUGGCUAAUGUUAUCGGAAUAAUUGGCUUUUUCCCUCAGUUAUUCUUCUUUUUCACCAAGACGACUCUAAUACGCAGAGUUCGUGAGAUCAGAAUCAAUGGUGGCAUGAAAAACGACGCUUGAGAGCUCAAAUUCGUCGAUUAUGGAACCUGCAGCUCUUACUCGUUCUUCCUCUCUCACUAGAUUCCCUUAUCGUCGCGGUUUAGCUACUCUCCGACUCGCUCGAGUCAACUCGUUCUCAGUUCUUACACCUAAGACUCUUCUCCGUCGAAAACCUCUCCCUCUCUCUAUCUCUUCCUCCCUUAGUCUUCCACCACGGUCGAUUCGUAUACGUGCUGUCGAAGACCACCAUCACGAUCAUCAUCAUGAUGACGAGCAAGAUCAUGACCACCACCAUCAUCAUCAUCAUCACCAUCAACACGGAUGCUGUUCCGUGGAAUUGAAAGCGGAGAGUAAGCCUCAGAAGGUGUUGUUCGGAUUCGCUAAAACCAUCGGAUGGGUUCGAUUGGCGAAUUACCUCAGGGAGCAUCUUCAUCUUUGCUGCUCCGCCGCCGCAAUGUUCCUCGCUGCCGCCGCGUGUCCUUACCUUGCUCCUAAACCUUACAUUAAGUCUCUUCAGAACGCAUUCAUGAUUGUUGGUUUCCCUCUUGUUGGAGUUUCAGCGUCUCUCGACGCACUUAUGGAUAUAGCAGGAGGAAAAGUGAACAUUCAUGUAUUGAUGGCACUUGCGGCUUUUGCAUCUGUGUUUAUGGGCAAUGCUUUGGAAGGAGGAUUGCUUCUAGCUAUGUUCAAUCUUGCUCAUAUUGCCGAGGAGUUCUUCACUAGUCGGUCAAUGGUGGAUGUUAAAGAGUUAAAAGAGAGUAAUCCGGAUUCUGCACUGUUGAUCGAAGUACUCAAUGGCAAUGUUCCAAAUAUUUCUGAUUUGUCCUACAAAAGCGUUCCUGUGCACAGUGUAGAAGUUGGAUCCUAUAUUUUGGUUGGAACUGGUGAGAUUGUGCCUGUAGAUUGCGAAGUCUACCAAGGUAGUGCUACAAUAACGAUUGAGCACUUGACUGGGGAAGUCAAGCCGUUGGAGGCAAAAGCUGGAGAUAGAGUGCCUGGUGGUGCAAGAAAUUUGGAUGGCAGAAUGAUUGUGAAGGCGACAAAGGCAUGGAAUGAUUCGACGCUUAACAAGAUUGUACAGCUGACCGAGGAAGCACAUUCUAAUAAACCCAAACUUCAGAGAUGGCUGGAUGAGUUUGGCGAGAAUUACAGCAAGGUUGUGGUUGUUUUGUCACUUGCAAUUGCCUUCCUAGGUCCAUUUUUGUUCAAGUGGCCUUUUCUCAGCACCGCAGCAUGCAGAGGAUCUGUUUACAGAGCAUUGGGACUUAUGGUGGCCGCAUCACCAUGUGCUCUGGCCGUAGCUCCAUUGGCUUAUGCUACUGCUAUUAGUUCCUGUGCAAGAAAGGGAAUAUUGCUGAAAGGUGCACAGGUCCUAGAUGCUCUCGCAUCUUGCCAUACUGUUGCUUUUGACAAAACCGGGACCUUAACAACCGGCGGCCUUACUUGCAAAGCAAUUGAACCCAUUUAUGGGCACCAAGGAGGAAAUAAUUCAAGUGUAACAACUUGCUGUAUUCCAAAUUGUGAAAAAGAAGCUCUUGCUGUAGCGGCUGCCAUGGAGAAGGGCACCACACAUCCUAUUGGAAGAGCUGUUGUAGAUCACAGUGUGGGUAAAGACCUUCCUUCUAUUUUUGUUGAAAGCUUUGAAUAUUUUCCUGGUAGAGGCCUUACUGCUACUGUAAACGGUGCCAAGUCGGUAGCUGAAGAGAGUAGAUUACGAAAAGCAUCACUUGGUUCGAUAGAGUUCAUUACCUCGCUUUUCAAAUCUGAAGAUGAGUCUAAACAGAUCAAGGAUGCUGUAAACGCCUCUUUGUACGGGAAUGACUUUGUUCAUGCUGCUCUUUCUGUUGAUCAAAAGGUAACAUUGAUUCACCUCGAAGAUCAGCCUCGUCCAGGGGUGUCAGGAGUUAUAGCAGAACUUAAAAGCUGGGCCAGACUCCGAGUAAUGAUGUUAACUGGGGACCAUGAUUCAAGUGCUUGGAGAGUUGCAAACGCAGUGGGUAUUACUGAAGUCUACUGCAACCUAAAGCCAGAGGAUAAGUUAAAUCAUGUAAAGAACAUCGCUCGGGAAGCAGGUGGUGGUUUAAUUAUGGUAGGAGAAGGGAUUAAUGAUGCUCCAGCUCUAGCAGCUGCAACAGUUGGGAUUGUUCUUGCUCAACGAGCGAGUGCCACUGCGAUUGCUGUUGCUGACAUCUUACUGCUUCGAGACAACAUCACUGGUGUUCCGUUCUGUGUCGCUAAAUCCCGCCAGACAACAUCAUUGGUCAAGCAAAACAUUGCUCUUGCGUUAACAUCGAUAUUCUUGGCCGCUCUUCCCUCAGUUUUAGGGUUCGUUCCAUUGUGGUUGACGGUACUUCUACAUGAAGGCGGGACUCUUCUCGUGUGUCUAAACUCAGUACGUGGUCUAAACGAUCCAUCAUGGUCGUGGAAACAAGACAUAGUUCAUCUAAUCAACAAGUUAAGCUCACAAGAACCCACCAGUAUUAGCAGCAACAGUUUAAGCUCCGUAGAGCCUGCACAUUAGGUAACUUUGUUGUUUUUUGUCUAAUUAUUCUGCAGAAGCAAUAAACUGUAUUGUAUGAUCGCUUAUGUAACAUCCAAAUCGUAUAUAUGUUUGGUUUCGUCAGGUGAUGUGUAUUAAUUAUAUCACGUGCUUAUAUUUACUACUUGUGGUUUAUGUUUGCUUC